CUAAUUCAGAGUGCAUGUAUUUGUACGUGAAGGAAUUAUCCAAACAACUGACACAAAUCUUCAGAUAUGGAUUAGUUUUCCUUCCAGCGACAUUUUUAUGAGUAAACAGGAACACUUGUGAUAAAUGUCAAGGAUCGAUGUAAAAACGUCGUUUGAUAACGGGAGAACUGGUGCGAAGUGAAAAGCAAACACAAGAUUGAAAAGGCAACACUCGAAAAAUGGAGGAGAAAAAGAUGUUUGGAAUAAAUGGAAUGGAACAAAAUGACGUUGGAGCAUUGACGCCAGAACAACAACAAAAACUUAACGAGUUUAAGGUAACUUUUCGUUUGAGAUGAGAAGAAAAUAAACGGAGAGGGUCAGAUGUAACUAUAAUUUUAAAAUCAUAUCAUGAUUUUUUGUUCAUGACUAGAUAAAAACAAGAUUUGGAAAUGAAAGAUAUUUGCGAGAACAUCCAGAGGUAUCUUGUCUUCUUACUGGAUUUUUAGGGUGAGUAUCCAUUAAAUUAAUUGGAGAUAUUCAUAAUAAAGAAGCGUCUUUAUUCCUCACGGAAGAACGACUGCUUGACACUUACGCAUACACAACAUGAGCUUAUGUGUUCACUAAAAUCUUUAUUGUUUUCGGUUUUAAAUCUUUGCAACUGCUCAAACUUAUAAAUUUUGUUUUUUCUGUAGCCUGAAAUGUUGAAUGUCCGAUUUAUUUCCCACCUUUUAGCUAUUUUGUUUUAAAUGAACGUUCACUGAAAUGCAACUUUGUAUCACGUUAUAUGACCAAGACAGAGUUUCUCCUCACAAUAUCAAUACAAUAUCAAGCAGACAAGAGAUGAGAAUAAAGUAAACUAUCAAUUAAGGGAUUAUUAGUUGAUCUAAUACCCAAUUCUCUGAACUAGCACCAAAAGAAUUGUGUUGCUAGAGUUUAGCUCAGUGCUUUCUCAUUAAUUGAUCUGACCAAUAAUUGUUUAGUAUAUAACAAUGUACAUGAAAAAAUUAUGCACUUCUGAUUGGCUGAAAACAAGUGCAUUUUCAUGUAAUACAAGAGCAAAGUUGUAACACAAAUGUAAAGUUGUAACGCUAGAGCAAAAUUACAAAAAGCACGUGAACACUUUCAAAAUUUUGUCUGUCUUGACUUUCUGCAAUGUUUUUUGAUGUAGAUUUUCAACAAGUACUAACAUGAUUUCUCUUGCAAUUUGGUGCAGAAAGAACUUGUAAAUUUUUCAAAUAAUACAAAUUACACUUGCCCAACCCGCUCAUGCAAUUUUGUUGGCUUUGAAAAAUUUAUCCAUGCUUAUUAACACCAAAUUGCACUUGAAAUCAUGCUAUUACCUAUACUAAUUUCUGAUAAGUCAUUAUGCUCCACUGAUUUUUACUGGUUUUGAUUUGUAGGAGUAUCUUGCAAAAAAGACCUGAGAAUGUCAGAGAAUUCGCUUCAAGUAAGUUCCUCAACACAUAGCAUGUACAUGUACAUGUACUACUGGGAUUUUGUCCCAGAGAUUAGCUGUUAUAUUGGCAAUUUUUUGUUUUCCAGAGUUAAUACAUACUUUAGGUUUAUACAAAGUUUGUUUGGAAGCAUAAUUAUCUAAUGCUGUGUCCAUGAAUGCUACUCACAUGUUGAAAAUUAUUUUGGAAUAGAUCCAUUAGCAGGCCUUUGUUUCCAUUGAGUUGAUGCACAGUAUUUACUGUGAGAAUGUCUCGCAGAGAGAGGGCACUAUUUGCUCAGUUACUGUAUAUAUGUGCAAAAAAAUAGAAGCCUUAUGGAAUGGUUUUAUUUUGUCUGUACUUUCAAUGUAUGAGAUUUAUACAUCCUGAGUGGAUUGCCCCACAAUUACCCAAGCAAGCAAGGAAUUGCUGUACUUAAAUGGCUUCACUAGAGAGAAGAACAAGAAAUUAUAUGUUUCAAAAUUUUUUGCUCUUUUUCCUGGUGAUGCCAUACUUAAAACAACACUUUAUCAACAUUUUCAGAUGGUGUCAAAUAAUUACACUGUACUAUUUUUUCGUUUUCUUAGAAUACUUUUCAGACCCUGAGUUACCUGACAGAGUGGAAGCACAGGUUGCAGAAUUAAACAGCAGACUGAAGAGAACAAAACCAUAAUAAGAAUCAUCUGGUGCAUUUAGAAUUAGUUAUGAUAAUCAUUUACCAUCUGGAAUAGUUUGUGCUCAUAACAGUGAGAAAUGAUGCAAUGAUAAAAAGUUAGUGAUAGUUGAUACUACAGCCUGGCUGUUUGAAACUUGUUUGCAUACGUUGUGCUUUGUAAAACAAAAUGCAAAAUAACUUAUUUGUCAUGAUUUAGUUUGUUGUACAUUUUCCUUUGUCUAUUUAUUUUUAUUUGUCUACUCUUGCUCAUAGGAUUCUCCUUCUGUAGUGAAUGAACAUAAAUCUUGCUUAUUAAGCUUUGUUCCUCUUUGUUUGUUAGUGAUUUUGAAAUUGUUCAAACACCCACACAUAAGGUUUAAUAUCUAUGUUAUAUUUUGCCUGGUGCAUACAUGUUGGUUGAAAUUGUCCUCAGG